AUGACUUCUUCAACGCAGGAGGGCGCUUUGCAGCAGCGUCUCUCGACAUUGACAAUGGUUGCUAUGGCCUUUGCCAUUCUCAAUACAUGGAUUGCACUCGCUGGUACCAUGGCGUACAUUCUCCCUUCUGGGGGCUCGGUGUCGUUUAUCUAUGGCUUUAUUGUUUGUGUUCUUUGCAAUUUGGCUCUUGCUGCUAGUCUGGGAGAGAUGGCUGCUCUUUGGCCAACUGCUGCUCAACUCGUCUCCGCCGCAGCUGUCGUCGCUUCGAAUAACGCAUACGAGGCAACACAAUGGAAGACAUAUCUCUUCUUCCUCGCUAUCCUUACAUUCGGAACCGUCGGCAACGUAUGGGGUAACAAGAUCCUCGGUCGUUGGAAUGACAUGGCUCUAUAUUGGUCCGUUCUCUCGGUCGUUAUCAUGAGCAUCAUCCUCCUUUCCGUGUCGCCAAAGACAGAUGCUCGUCAAGUCUUUACCGAGUUUAGUAACGAGACUGGCUGGUCUGAUGGUGUCGCUUGGAUCCUUGGUUUACUCCAGUCUGCUCUGUCGCUCAUUGGGUUUGAUGUUGUCUUGCAUCUAACUGAGGAGAUGCCCAACCCUUCGAGGGAUGCACCUCGAGCUAUGAUGUUGGCUAUAGUCAUUGGUGGUGUCACUGGCUUCCUCUUCAUCCUCGUCAUCCUCUUCUGCCUCACCGACCCCGCAACAAUCCUCGCAUCCAAUACUGGAAUGCCCAUCGUCGAACUCUUCCUCCAGAGCACAAAGAGUCGAGCCGCAGCAACCAUCUUGGCCCUGAUGCUAAGCGUCUGUUUCAUCAACGGCACAUCAGCCAGUAUCACCAGUGCAAGUCGACUUCUAUACGCCAUGGCUAGAGACAAGGGUAUCAUAUGCCACAACUACUUCGCACGCAUUGAACCAAAGCUCGAUGUCCCCGUCCGCACGAUCACCUUGUGUUUCAUCUUCAAUGUCCUCUUUGGGCUUUUGUAUCUUGGUCCUGCUGUGGCUUUCAGUGCUUACAUUGCUUCGUGCACUAUCUUCCUCAACGUCUCUUAUGCUGGCCCUGUCAUUGCCUUGUUGGUCAGGGGUCGAAGUAUUCUCAAGGAGUACCAGACACGGAAGACACCAGCCAGGAUGGGUCUGAGGACUGGCGCUGCUGUCAACAUCAUUGCAAGUGUUUUUGUCGUUGUCAUCACCAUCUUCUUCUGUUUUCCGACAGCCCUCCCCGUGUCAGCUAAUACUAUGAACUACGUUUCUGCUGUUGUCGGAGUUUUCUACCUACUUCUUGCCCUGUACUGGAUGGUCUAUGGCAACGCCUUUGAAGGCCCUAACUUUGAGGCUAUCAUCGGGCAGCCCUUGCAGAUCAAAGGAGAACAUGAGCCGGAAGCGGUACAGGAGAAAUCUGAAACAUCAACGAAGGCCUGA